CCACAAUCUGGGCGUCAGUUCAUUCUGUCGCGAUCCCUUCAUCCGCACAAAACAAAACAUUACUCGUUGACUACAGUACUCAUAUCAUCUAGUUCUUAAGAACAGGAUUUAUAUUUUUUGUGUAUCGUAGGUUACUAGAAAAAUGCAUUCCGGGACUUUGGAAAGAGACGGGUCACCGAGAAGAAGGAAGCUUUCUCGCGGAGUGAGUGAAGAUGAGUCACUUCGCAACAUUAUCAAGGAGGUGAGCGUCGAGCAAUCACGUCGCAAUCGUAUUGCGACAUUUACAAGAGUCAUGCAGUCUAUUAUCUGUAGGCUAUUAUCUAUUUUUAUAGAGUCUAAUUUGACAUUACUAGGCUACAGUGGUUACAGUCGAGAAGAUUCAUCCUCAAGCUUUACAGUAAGCCACUGCAUGUGUUUAUAUUUUUAAGGUGUUUACUUUGUUUUUUACUGUUUUGUAGCCUACUCAUUUUCAUUUAGACUCUCACUCCAAUGUUACUGUAGCAUGCGGUGUUACAUUGUCUCAAUUUCACUGAGGGAAAACGGUAACAUUGUUACAAUGACUUCCUUUCGAACAGUAUUACAUUGUAGCCAGCCUACGCACAACUGAAUUGCCUUCAAAGGCUUUACGUUUAGCUAGCUACUUAAAACACCAGAUAAAACAGGCUUCUAAUCUGUGACAAUUUUGGGAUGUAGUCCGCCAUAAAACCCACAGAAGAAGAAGAAGCUUCUAAUCUGUCUAGUGUCUCCCAUUAGGGCACAAGUAAAAAAGGUAUGGCUACUUCGUUAGAAUAGGGAUGACACAUUGCUUGACUAAUGUAGUUAGAAUUCAGUCAUCAGUGGUUCAUAAAUUUAUCUAAUUAUUUUUCAUCAUUGGUAGAGUACUGUAGACUUACAGUCCAUAAGAACUGGACCUAGAUGUUUGCAAAGUUGUGUUGAUAUGUAGCCUAAGGGAAGGCCUAAAUCCAUUUUAAUUCAAUCUCUUUUUGACAGCAUUCCUUUUGAUUUCAACAAAACCUUCCAUACAUGUUUGCCCAUGGAAGAAGUAGUCAGAAAGUGACUUUUUGGACCUGAAUGACAAAACAUUCAGGAAAUAAAGGUGCUCAAAGUUGACCCAUUUUGCAUACGCCACCAUACCAUGAGACAUCCAUUUCUUCAUCACUGGGAAAUGUAAAUGGUUGAGUUUGAUAUCAUUGUUUUCAAACUAUUGAAUUAUUUAUUGAAAAAAUUGAAUUUUUAAACCUUUAAAGUCAGUUAUCUAAAAACGGAUUUCUGAUUGUUUUCAUAUUCACAUACACUACCGUUCAAAAGUUUGGGGUCACUUAGAAAUGUCCUUGUUUUCGAAAGAAAAGCAAUUUUUUAGUCCAUUAAAAUAACAUCAAAUUCAUCAGAAAUACAGUGUAGACAUUGUUAAUGUUGUAAAUGGCUAUAGUAAGCUGGAAACAGCUGAUUUUUAAUGGAAUAUCUACAGAGGCCCAUUAUCAGCAACCAUCAGUCCUGUGUUCCAAUGGCACGUUGUGUUUGCUAAUCCAAGUUUAUCAUUUUAAAAGGCUAAUUGAUCAUUAGAAAACCCUUUUGCAAUUAUGUUAGCACAGCUGAAAACUGGUGUGCUGAUUUUAAAGAAGCAAUAAAACUGGCCUUCUUGAGACUAGUUGAGUAUCUGGAGCAUCAGCAAUUGUGGGUUCGAUUACAGGCUCUAAAUAGCCAGAAACAAAUAACUUUCUUCUGAAACUCGUCAGUCUACUCUUGUUCUGAGAAAUGAAGGCUAUUCCAUGCGAGAAAUUGCCAAGUCCAGUGUCUGUUCUUUUGCCCAUCUUAAUCUUUUCUUUUUAUUGGCCAGUCUGAGAUAUAGCUUUUUCUUUGCAACGCUGCCUAGAAAGUCAGCAUCCCGGAGUCGCCUCUUCACUGUUGACAUUGAGACUGGUGUUUUGAGGGUACUAUUUAAUUAUGCUGCCAGUUGAGGACCUGUGAGGCAUCUGUUUCUCAAACUAGACACUAAUGUAUUUGUCCUCUUGCUCAGUUGUGCACCGGGGCCUCCCACUCCUCUUUCUAUUCUGGUUAGAGCCAGUUUGCACUGUUCUGUGAAGGGAGUAGUACACAGUGUUGUACGAGAUCUUCAGUUUCUUGGCAAUUUCUCGCAUGGAAUAGCCUUCAUUUCUCAGAACAAGAAUAGACUGACAAGUUUCAGAAGAAAGUUAUUUGUUUCUGGCCAUUUUGUGCCUGUAAUCGAACCUACAAUUGCUGAUGCUCCAGAUACUCAACUAGUCUCAAGAAGUUUUAUUGCUUCUUUAAUCAGCACAGUUUUCAGUUGUGCUAACAUAAUUGCAAAAGGGUUUUCUAAUGAUCAAUUAGCCUUUUAAAAUGAUAAACUUGGAUUAGCAAACACAACGUGCCAUUGGAACACAGGACUGAUGGUUGCUAAUAAUGGGCCUCUGUACGCCUAUGUAGAUAUUCCAUUAAAAAUCAGCCGUUUCCAGCUACAAUAGCUAUUUACAACAUUAACAAUGUCUACACUGUUUUUCUGAUCAUUUUAAUGGACAACAAAAUUGCUUUUCUUUCGAAAACAAGGACAUUUCUAAGUGACCCCAAACUUUUGAACGGUAGUGUAUUUUGUAGCUUAGACCCUAUUUCACAUCAUCUGAGGUUGCUGUGCUUGCCAUCAAUUGAGACACAACAUGCUCUUGAAUACAGGGUGGGUGACUUUUCAAUCAUAAAUAUAUAAAUCAUAGAAUGGACCUAUCCCUUCAGACCACUCACUGCAAUUUAGCUAGUAAACCAUUGACAUUGAAUUGAAAUUGUAACUUCUAAUUACUACCACAAAGAUGACCAUCGGUCCACCCACCAUUGAAUGUCAACUUAAAUGCUCAUGUCUAUUCUAUUGUCUAUAUUUCUAUGAUUUCAUUAGGUUUCCUAUGGAGGAAUAACAGUAUAAUUUAAAACAGAUGUUCCCAUUCAAGUCAACCGUCUCAUCUUUGCGGUACCAUUUGAAAGUUAAAAUAUCAAUUGUAUUCCCAUUUUAGUAGAUUUAUCAGCCAAACCAUGACACCCACCCUGUCUCAACCGAUUGUGGGCACAACACAAAAACCAUCAUUAUCAAGCCUUUCCCUUAAAUGUAUGUACGUUUUGUGAAAACAUGUAGGUAAUAUUCAAUAGCAGUGGGAAGGCCACUCAUUAGAUUGAUCAUCACAGAAGACGUAACUUGACGUUCAUUUGACAAAAGUUGGGUCCCUUCUAGCCAUGACCGGGCCGGCUCGCACCACUCGCCAUUCCCGCUGCGAUUCAGCACCACAGCAGUGGAAAGAGGACACUCUUUGGUGGCCACAAAAUGUAGAAAUUAUAAAACUGAUGUUGGACAAUCAAAUUCGAUAUGUAAAUAAAUGAAAUUUGGUUGGUUAAUUGAGAGAGCUUAUUUUACAAUGCUCCUGUGAAACCAGGGCUGCGCCAUGGAUUUAUGAAAGCACGUGACACGUGUCGUGUGAUAUACAUGGCUUAUUGAUAACAACUCCGUUUCCUACUAUAGGCAGUUGGCUGCCUAGUGAUUGCAACAUUGUAACUGUCCGAUGUGAAUAGUUGGCAACGAUGUUUCGUUUGCAAGUGCUACUGAAUAACCUCAACUGAAAUGCACCAAUUGUGCAUGAUACACAUAAUUACUGUAGUCUAUCAAUUCAUUCCAUAUCUUUAUACUAUACAUGACACAUGGGCGGCAUAUGUUGAUGUUGCCUAGGGCGGCAGCAGAACUGCUAGGACUGGGCCUGACGAACACAAUAAUUUGCCUCUAAUUUACUUACGUUUGAGGCGGACCUUAGCCUGCUCAAAGUGAGCUGUCGUGAAGUCAAAACUGUCCCAACUCCUUGGAUCAGCUUACUAUGCGCAUCAGCCUCGUUACUUUGUCCUCGAGGCCGUCCUUACUCUGUUUUGGAGAAAGAAUCCCCUUUCGGCGGGCACACUAGAAACAGGGAUAAUCACGUAAUCUUCGUCAAUUUUGCCCUGUUAGGGUACACUUAGCUGAAGUCCCUUAUGAGGACCUUGCGUCUUUAACGUGAGUAAAAAUAGAAACACACCCGACACUAAUUUCCAAACAGCUUGAGGAUUUAUUAUCCUAUUAAGUAUAUUUGCCUUUGAAGUUGGAGCUCAUCGACUUGUAUUUCCAUCAAUGAAUAAAAAGCGUUAUUUUGCAAUGGUUUUUCUUUUUCUCCUGGACAAUUUGGCCGACAACAAUUUUAUUGGCUUGUAAAAAAAAAAAAAAAUCCUCCAAAAGCCAUUUACUGGCUAACGGAAACCCUGGCUAGCAUCCCUGUGGAAGGCUUUCGACACCUUGUAGAGUCCAUGCCCUGACAAAUUGAGGCUGUUCUGAAGGCAAAAGGGGGUGCAACUCAAUAUUAGGAAAGUUUUCAUAAUGUUAGGUACACUCUGUGUAUACCAGCUGACUGGGAUGUGGGAACAAUGUAAAAAGUGUGCUAACAGUUAUUCCCACAUGGUUUUGUAGACAGUAUUUUGGGUCUGUCUGACAUGUCUGACAUGUCUUUUAUUCUUUUGUCAGAAGGAGAGUUCGGCCAGGCGUCUGACACGCAGUGACAGCAGAGGGGGGACCCUCAAGAGGAGAAGUGGGAGUCAGGUAUAAUAAGAGUAAUGGAUGAAGCUACUGGUAUAUUUAGGUUGUGUCCCAAAUGGCAUCCUAUUCCCCAUAGGGCUCUGGUCAAAAGUAUUGUAUUAUAUAGGGAAUAGGGUGUGGUUUGGGAUGUAGACCUACAGUGAUCUGACAUUUAAACAUGAUUACCUCUGAUUCUAUCAGUGCUAUGAAACAUACUUAGAGUAUGCUAGAACUUCUUAUUAUAUUACUUGUUUGAGUGUUGUUGACCUUUCUCUUUGUCUUGUUCACUCCAGCAGUCUGAGGAGGAUCAGGAACUGAUGAUGGAACUCCCUGAGAGGGUGAUUAUCUGCACAAGCCUUUUUAAUGAGGAUGUUUUGCAGAAUACCUUUUCUCAUAUUUGAGCAGUAUAACCAGUUCUACUGGAUGUGAAAUUAGACAUUCUAACAGCAUGUGCUGCAUAUUCAGAUGGUGCAUACUCUUUAUGAAACUCACACAAAAUAACCCAGGAAUAAAUAAUUUUGCUCCAGUGCAAUUAUGUGUUGUCAUGCCAGCAACGUGUUGCCAUACAAAGAAAACCUGGUAUGACAGAAAAGGAGGACCAUAGACCAGAAAUAGCUAUCAAAAAAUGUAAUCUCCAUGAAGCAAUAUCCAACAGUUGAAUAUGAAAUUACAUGUCACAACAUUAAACCAGUAUUGUUGUUAGUGUGACUAGAUGAAGCUGCCCACUGCCAUGCCUGUGUUUGUUGUGAGCAUGAUGACUAAUUGGAUCUUCCCACGGAUAUGCCUGUGUUUGUCAGCUCGACCUGCAGGCGAACUACGACGAUGUGUUGCAGGAGCUGCGUGGGCUGGAGCUGCAGCGGGAGACUGUGUUGUUCCAGGUGGACGUUCUGCAGGACGCCCUGGAGGGGGCCGAGGAGAUGCUGGCCGAGGCCCAGAGAGAGGCCAGCCACGCCACCAUGGUACACCCAGUCAUACACACUUGCAAUGACUGUGAAAUGUGGUUGUCUUACCUACCUUAGUGAAAUGCACUGACUGUAAGUCACUCUGGAUAAGAGCAUCUACUAAAUUACCAAAAUCUAAUGUACAUGUAAAAAGAUCCUAGAGGAGCAAAACAAUGUUUUAUAGUAGGAAUGUGCAAUUUCCUGUGACCAAACUGUGGGUCCCAACCUACCGUUAGAGAACCACUGCUCUAAAACAGUUCACUACCCUCAGCUGCAUUGGGUCAUAAAUUGAUGUGUCUUUCUGUAUUUGUAGGAGUUGGCGCAAGAGAGAGAAGCCAAGAGGAAGUUGGAGGACAUGGUCAGCUCUCUGAUGCAGGAGGUGGAGAGGCUAAAAGAGGUAAUGAAGUAUGAGGAGGUGGGGCUUACAUAAUCAUACAGAGAGAGGCACAAGUACAGCAGGUUUCCUGGUUUUGGACAUAUGCACAGCAGGAAGCCUAGCGGUUAAGAGUGUUGGGUCAGUAACCGAAAGGUCGCUGG